GAAACAGCUGUGUAAUACCAGUCAUUGUGCAAUGCUCAGCCUGCUGCUCUUUACCCUGCUGACACAUGACUGCACACCGACCUACAGCUCCAACCACCUUGUGAAAUUUGCAGACGACACAACGCUGGUGGGGCUCAUCACCCAGGGCGAAGAGACCCACUACAGGAAAGAGGUUGAGCUCCUGACCACGUGGUGCAGAGACAACAACCUCCUGCUAAAUGUUAGCAAGACCAAGGAGGUUAUUGUCAACUUCCAGAGAGGCCACACCUGUUACCACCCAUUGACCAUCGACGGCGCCGCUGUCGAGAGGGUGAGCAGCACCAAGUUCCUGGGGGUGCACAUCAGUGAGGACCUCUCCUGGACUACCAACACUGCAUCACUGGCCAAGAAAGCACAACAGCGCCUCUACUUCCUGCGCAAACUCAAGCGGGCAAGUGCUCCACCACCCAUCCUGACCACAUUCUACAGAGGAACCAUUGAAAGCAUCCUUUCCAGCUGCAUCACUGUGUGGGGUGGUAGCUGCACUGCAUACAACAGGAAAGCUCUACAACGCAUUGUGAGAACAGCUGAGAGGAUAGUUGGUGGACCACACCCCUCCCUGCAAGACAUCUACACCACCCGCCUCACCCGCAAAGCCAUCACAAUUGUCAACGAUGCAACCCACCCCGCACACUGUCUCUUCAGCCUCCUGCCCUCUGGAAAGAGAUACAGAAGUCUCCGCUCCCGCACUACCAGGCUCACCAACAGCUUCAUCCACCAGGCGGUGAGACUGCUGAACUCUCUCCCCUCCCGGCUCCCAGCCAGCAGAAUCACCAGACUGGCAGGAGUAUAGGAAGACAGACUGGACUGUACCCCCCACCCACGCACACUCCCCAACAAGGAAACAAACACUCUGAACUAAGAACUAAAAAACAACACUCUUGACUGAAAAUAACUACCUCUGCAUUGCAAAUUGCACACACCUGCUGCUAUAUAUUUAUAUUGUAUUAUAUUUAUACCAGUAUUUAUAUUACUGCUACUGCUGCUACAAUCUUGUGCUGCACUAAAACAAAAAACCCUUACCAACCACAACCUGGGACUAUCUCAAGUAGACUAGUAUACUACUGUGCACACUGCUGGAACACUUUACUAUAUGUUAUGUUUUUGUCUUGUUAUAUCCUGUAUGUUACCUAAGUAUAAUGCCUUAAGCCUACUUGCACUUUUUAAAAAAAAAAAUUUUAAUAUUACCUUAUUGUUUAGAACGGUUUUUGUGUGCAUCUGCACUUAUUGUUGUCAAUGUCUACGCAUGGGACAGUGUGAAACGUAAUUUCGCUUCCUUUGUAUGUCAAGUACAUUUGAAGGAAUUGACAAAUAAAACUGACUUUGACUUUGACUUUGAGGUCUGCAGGAAUCCACCAGGGGGCGUAGAAGCAGAGAGCUGUCAGAAGCUGCAUGGUGCACUGAGGGCAAAAUUCUGGUGCAUUCCUCUUUUCAAUUUAUCCUGUAAAGGAGGCUCAUUAUUUCACCCCAGGCCAGCCCAUAUUUCUCUGAAUUGUUCAUUACUUAGAUAGCCCAUGGGGUUCAUGGCAAAAUAGCAUUUAGACAAGCAACUUGACUUCCUUCAGCUGACUUGCACAAUUCUCUGUCAUUGCUUGUGAUGAGGGUUGAUUCACCUUCCCAAUUUAAAACAUGUGACUGAACACAUAGCAAGUUUGAUUGCUUCACUUAUGAUGUAGCGUACAAGGGAGUUCAGAACGUAUGAAUUGUGCCCCAUUCCAUUCAUCACGUGGAUUUUGUAUUGACAUGGCCACGUCCUGUAAGAUGCUGAACUGGAAUGAGAGUAAGAAGAAAUUAAUUUGAAUUCAAUGCAAUCAUGCAAUAUAUGAAUGUCAUUUAAUCUAGCAAAACAAAUUACGUAACAUUUACUUCCAAGAUUGGUAGAGGUAUAUUAUUGACCUAAAAUAUGUACUAAUGAUUGAACUUUAUAUUUGCAUGAUUGUAAGAUAAUUGUGUAGCUGUAUGUAGCUGUUUUAUCUUGUUCUUACAAUAUGCAUUUGGUUUAUAUCAGCCCUCUAAGUCCCUUUCCAUGUGCAUAUAUUUAUUGUUUUCGCAUAUUAAACUGUUGAUGUAUGUUA